CGCGGCAGCAAUAAGUAACAGUGAACGAAAAGCAAUCGAAGCAGGAGCGUCGACUCUAGUGUGAAAGCGCGAGCGAUAAAGUCAAAAGUAUUUUGUGUUAAGCGAUAACUUGAAAGUUGAAAAAAUGUCGCUGAUUCCACUGGUAUUCGCUGACUUGUUGGACGACGAUCUUGAUCGCCCACAAUAUCUGAAUCCCUAUUUCGGCCGAGUACUUCAACCUAGUAGAUCGUCGUUACCACGUCGAGCUGAACUCAUGUACUAUAGACCCUGGGCUGAUCUUCUCCGCCAAGGGGAAGAUGGUGGGGCAUCCACUGUAAAAGCAAACAAGGAUCAAUUUGAAGUUGUUCUGGAUGUGCAACAGUUUGCUCCUGAAGAAAUCAAUGUCAAGGUCGUUGAUAAGUACGUUGUGGUGGAAGCCAAACACGAGGAAAAGCAAGAUGAACAUGGCUGGGUUUCACGGCAGUUUGUAAGGAAAUAUUUGAUCCCGGAGCAGUGUGACAUCGAACAGGUGACUUCAAAACUAUCAGUCGAUGGAGUCCUGACCAUCGUGGCACCUAGAAAAGACCAACAGCCCAAAGCGGAAAAUGAGAGAACCAUCAAGAUCGAGCAUACUGGCAAACCGGCACUCCAGAAACAGCCCACUGAGAAGAAAGCUAUAAAGCCCGGACAGGAGAAGAAGACUGAAAAACGUGACAAAUGAACUGAUUUCGUAUGAACAUUUCACAUAAAGCAUUUUUUCUUUCAUUGUAGUUCCUUCAUGUAUCAUUAUCAUUGCAGCAUUUAAAGAAUCAUGUAUUAUAUAUAAUAUAGAUAGAUAUAAUACUGUAUUCCAUAUAUGCAAUUCGCAUAAAUCGACAGAUAUCAAAUUCCAUCAGUACUGCAUUAAUAAUGUAAUUCCUUAUUUGUAUUUUUUAAUAAAUAAAUUUAGUUCCAUGAA